UAUAGAUAUUGAAGAGGAGGGGGACCAAGGAUAGAGCCCUGAGAAACGCUGCACGAGGCGGUGCAGGGAAUAGAGGAGAAGCUGUUUGUGGAGAUGAAGUGCAGGCGGUGUGAGAGCUAAGAUCUGAACUAUUCAAGAAUGUAAUCAUGAAGAUACUGAACAUUAACUGAAAUGGUGCAAGAUUAUUUCCUGGAGUGAAAUUGAAGGGAGAAGAGGUCUCUGUAUGCUACUAUUUUCAUUAUAAAGGCAGAAGUUCAGAAAACGUGUACAAUGUUUAAAGCUGUCCUGAAAAAGAGUCGAGAAGGUGGAAAAGGGGGCAAGAAAGAAUUAGAUGUGCGCAAAAUGGAUCCACAAAGGGACAAAUUACAACCUAGCAUUGAUUGUGGUCAACAGAGGCAAAAAAGGGGAGACAGCUACAUUGACUACUGCCGACGAGUUGGCCUACCCAUGGAUGGUAAUGCAGAUUAUAGUUCUGGUCCAUUGUCUUUACGCGAAGAAAUAUACAGAACGAACAUGACUAAAGGAGUAUCCAUGUCACUACCCUCUUCACCACUCUUGCCACGUCAGCCAUUUGUAAUGCAUGCACGGACAAGCAAAAGGUCCCCAGGCCCAAUCAGGAAGCUUAAGUAUGUGGAAAGCCCUAGGGUGCCAGGAGAUGCCAUUGCCUCAGCACUGAAGAAGGUGGCAGAGAAAGCAGAGCCUCCCCAAUCUGCACAUAAUGAUCCACAAGCGAGUAAAGAACGAAGCUCCUCUCCUGCUGCUCAGGAGCUGAUGACCAGGUUAGGGUUUCUCCUGGGAGAAGGGAUUCCAAACUCUGCUCGUUUACCUAUGGAAGAGAAAAAUGAAAAAAAGUGUUCAACAGCUAACCAGGGAAUCAGUCCAUGUUCCACAUUAACGAGUAGCACUGCGUCUCCAGGCACUGACAGCCCAUGCUCGACCCUCAAUAGCUGUAUCAGCAAGACGACCACAAACCAAACCAGCCCCUUUGGCACUAUCACCAGUUUAAGCUCCACACUGGAAAGCAAGGACAGUGGCAUCAUAGCCACAGUAACCAGCUCAUCUGAAAAUGAAGAAAAGAGUGGAUCAAGUCUAGAGUGGAGCGUGAGAGAUUGUACCCGCAGAACCACCUCUCACAGUCUCAGACCUGAAGGUUGCUUACCUGUGGCUGAAGAAGAGCCACCUGUCUUGGUUAACAAUCCGCCCAAAACAGACGUUGCUUGUGAUGGCACCGCUGCACAUGUACAACAGUCUUUGUCACCUUACCUGAUGCCACGUCCUAACUCAGUGGCUGCAACGAGUUCAGCAAAGUUGGAAGAUUUGAGUUACCUGGAUGAAAGGGGUACACCACUACGCACCUCCAUUAGGAUGCCUUGGCAUAAUACAGCUGGAGGUAGAGUACAUCAAGAUGUAAAAGCAAGAUUUACUCCCUACAAGCCAGUUGAUAUUAUGUUGAAACCAUUAUUAUUUGAAGUACCAAGUAUCACUACAGACUCCGUAUUUAUUGGUCGGGAUUGGUUGUUCCAGAAGAUAAAUGAAAACCUGAAAAAUUGUGAUUCUCCAGAGAACAAAGGGGCAAUAAUUGUUGGGAAUGUGGGAUUCGGGAAAACCGCCAUCAUAUCUCGGCUGGUGGCACUGAGCUGUCAUGGAGGUCGGAUGAGACAAAUUGCUUCUAACAGUCCAUCCAUAUCCCCUAAAAGUGCAGAUUGUCACCAAGAACUUCCAUUGAGUCAGCCACCGCAAACCUCUUCUCCCUUUAAUACCAAUACAUUGAGCAGUGGGAGCUGCCCUGGCACUCCUGAGCUUCAAAGACGAAGGGAAGAAGCCGUGAAAAGGCUUGCAGCACAGGUUGCGGCAUAUCACUACUGUCAGGCUGAUAACACUUACACCUGCCUUGUACCAGAGUUUGUCCACAGUAUUGCAGCUUUACUGUGUCGUGCACCUCAAUUAUCAGCAUUCAGAGACCUAUUGCUAAGGGAGUCUCAUCUGCAGAGCAUGCUUAGUCUACGGUCGUGUGUCCAGGAUCCCACGGCAGCAUUCAAGAGAGGUAUUUUAGAGCCUCUUGUAAACCUGAGAAAAGAAAAGAAGAUUCCUGAAGAUGACCAUGUUAUUUUAGUGGAUGGAUUAAAUGAGGCAGAAUUCCAUAAGCCUGACUAUGGGGAUACAAUUGCCUCCUUUGUCACUAAAAUGAUUUCUAAGUUUCCAUCCUGGCUGAAACUGAUUGUUACUGUUAGAGCCAAUCUUCAGGAGAUUACAAGUCUACUUCCAUUCUUCAAAAUUUCCCUGGAUGAUUUUCCAGAUAACAAAGACAUUACCAGUGAUCUUAAUGCAUAUGUCCAGCACAGAAUUAGCAGCAGCCAGGGAAUCCUUAGCAACAUCUCUGUGAGUGGAAAGACGGACACCAUUACAGUGAGCAAAGUGAGCAAUCACCUUACCAUGCGCAGCCAAGGAUCUUACCUGUAUUUGAAGUUGACCCUUGAUCUGUUUGAAAAGGGUCAUUUAGUUAUCAAGAGUGCAAGCUACAAGGUAGUUCCAGUGUCUCUGUCAGAACUGUACCUACUACAGUGUAACAUGAAGUUUCUCACAAAUACUGCUUUUGAAAGGGUUCUUCCAGUGCUGAAUGUAGCCUUGGCAUCCCUCCAUCCAUUGACAGAUGAGCAGAUUUUCCAAGCAAUUAAUGCUGGCUAUGUGAAGGGUGAAUUGAAGUGGGAGGACUUCCAGCAAACGAUGGAAGGCCUUUCAAGUUUUCUGAUCAAACGAAGGGACAAGACACGAAUGUUUUGCCAUCCAUCCUUUAGGGAAUGGCUUGUUUGGAGAACAGAUGGUGAAAACAUGGAUUUCCUUUGUGAUCCAAGGAGUGGGCAUGCCCUUAUGGCCUUCAUGUUCUCUCGCCAAGAAGGAAAACUGAACCGGCAGCAAACAAUAGAAUUUGGUCACCAUAUAUUGAAAGCUCAUAUUUUCAAGGGCCUCAGUAAAAAGAUGGGUAUCUCUUCAAGUGUCCUUCAAGCCCUAUGGAUAGGCUAUGGUACUGAUGGAUUGUCUGCUGCACUGGCUUCCUUAAGAAAUCUUUACACUCCCAAUGUGAAGGUGAGUCGGCUGUUAGUUUUGGGAGGAGCAAGUGUGAACUACCGAACAGAGGUCUUGAACAAUGCCCCAAUUUUAUGUGCUCAGUCACAUCUUGGUCACCAUGAAAUGGUAACUUUAUUGCUCGAGUUUGGAGCAGCUGUUGAUUGUACGUCUGAAAGUGGUUUGACCCCUCUUUGUCACGCAGCAGCCGCGGGACACCUGCAAGUCGUGACUUUGCUGUGCAUGAAAGGAGCCAAGAUUGAUCAUGUGGAUAAGAAUGGUCAGUGUGCAUUGGUUCACGCUGCUUUACGAGGCCAUCAUGAAGUUAUUGAAUAUUUGCUCCAAGCAGAUUGGAUAUUAUCUACUCCGCGCCAGAAUUCUUUCCGAAAAACUCAGGCACCUCAACAAGCCUUGAUUGCAGCAUCAAGCAUGGGCCAUGCUGAGGCUGUUAAGAAGCUUCAUGAUCUUGAAGAACAUACUGUGGAAAUCAACAACUUUGAUAGUCUUUGGGGAGAAACAGCUCUCACAGCAGCAGCAGCCAGGGGGAAACUGGAAGUUUGUGAACUUCUCCUCCAACGAGGAGCUUUGGUAACCCACCCAAACCGAAGAGGAAUUACUUCAGUCUUUUGUGCAGUCAGACAGGGUCAUUGGCAGAUUGCUGAUCUGUUGUUUCAACAUGGUGCUGAUGUAAACGUAACAGACAAGCAGGGCCGAACACCAUUAAUGGUGGCUUGUUGUGAAGGGCAUAUGAGCACUAUGGAAUUUCUGCUAUCAAAAGGUGCUUCCAUAUGUUCGGUUGAUAAGGAAGGAUUAACUCCAUUGGGUUGGGCUUGUCUGAAGGGACAAAAACCUGUGGUUCAGACUUUGGUGGAGAAAGGUGCAGUCAUUGAUCAUACAGAUAAGAAUGGUCGUACUCCUUUGGACCUAGCGGCUUUUUAUGGAGAUUCUGAUAUUGUUCAAUAUCUGGUGGAAAGAGGUGCAAUGAUUGAGCACGUUGAUUUAAGUGGAAUGCGCCCGCUGGAUAGAGCAGUUGGAUGCUGCAACACAUCGGUGGUUGUGACACUGCUUAAGAAAGGUGCCAAACUAGGUAAUGCAGCCUGGGCCAUGGCAACAUCCAAACCAGACAUCCUGAUCAUUCUAUUACAGAAGUUAAUGGAGGAGGGAAAUCAACUUUAUAAGAAAGGCAAGAUGAAGGAUGCUGCUCAGAGAUACCAGUAUGCUUUGAGAAAGUUUCCACGUGAAGGGUUUGGAGAAGAAGUGAAAGCUUUUAGAGAUCUAAGAGUUUCCCUUUGCUUAAACCUGUCAAGAUGUAGAAGAAAAACUAACGACUUUGGAAUGGCAGAAGAAUUUGCCUCUAAGGCCCUGGAAUUGAAGCCUAGAUCAUACGAGGCUUACUACGCUAGAGCAAGGGCAAAAAGGAGCAGCAGGCAAUUUGCAGCAGCUCUUGCAGAUCUACAUGAAGCAACAAAGCUUUGCCCCAACAAUCGAGAAAUAAAGAGACUUUUGUCUCGGGUUGAAGAGGAAUGCAAACAGCUACAGCGAACACAGCAACAAAAACAGCUUUACCAGCCACAGCAAAACAAUGAAUCGGAUAAUGAAGAGGAAUUGUUGGGCCCAAACCUGGACAGUAUCUCAUUUGGUGCUGUAGACGGUGACUUUAGUCCAACUAAAGAAAUUCAAUCCACUUCACCAAGGCCUCAGCAUCCUCAGAGCUUGGCGUCUUUUAAGAAGGGACUUCAAGAAGAUGGAAUUUCUAAACAGAAACCCAGGUCUGUUUCUCCCCAGAAUAUAUCGACACAUAGGUAUCUUCAAGAACCAUUAACCCAGCAAGGACUAAUUAUGCAGCCGACCAAGCAAGCUCAGAUAGUGAAAACAAACCAGCAUAUGAACUUGCUGCAAACUGGGGUGAGAGAUGGGAAUCAUCACAGCAGUAAACUUUUGACUAAGCCUCAGUUUCCCACAAGUCCUUUGCCAUGUAGACCAAUUGCUGCAGGUAAUGUAGCAAUAGUUAAUAACAGCGAUAUGCAACAGGUGGAUGCUGUUAAUACAUUUUCUUCUGCGGUGGGUAAUGGAGUACUCUCUGGAGAUUGUGGGGAAAGACAAGAUGCUGCUCAGUCUGUUCAGCAGAUCAAUGAAAGUACUUUAUAUCAUGUUGCAGUGCAGGCUUUUCCAUAUGUAGCAAAACCAGCAGAGAAGCUACUUACACAGUCUCAACAGUCUCUGGAUUUACAUGCAAAUGUAGCUCAAGUCGUGCAAGUCAAACAUUCAGAGGAUAGCCCACAUACACUCAUGCAACAGACAAAUAGUAUGAAGACUUCUGAUUCUACAAGCAGUCUAGCAUCAGACAGUAGUGCCUCAGAUAAUGGGAAAACAUCAGGUAGUCGGCAAACAUUGGAAGUUCAAAUCAAAAAUACUUUGGACAAGAUUGAAAAGUCCAACCAAAAUCAUAGUGGAGCUGAAUGUAAACCAAGGACUACACCAUUUAUGGGAAUAAUGGAUAAAACCGUAAGGUCCCAUCAGUAUCAGCCCAGUACUCAGCAGACUCGCACCUGGCAUAUUCAGUCAGCAGAUGGAUUAAGUACAAUUCCAUCUUCGGUUGGUGGUGUUCAGAAUGCUCACUGUGAAGCACAGUUUGCUAAACCUGUUAGUGCCUUUCAUGAUUAUGUCAAAGAUACAACUCAGGACUCUGCUGGAAAUUCUCACAAUGGAAUGCAUUCUAAGGAAUGUGGAGACAAAACCUGCCAAAAGGCCAUCUGCUAUGAAGGUCCCAAUCCAGGCAUGACUGUACCACUCUCUUUUCAAGAAAGUAUCUCCAAACAACAAUCUCAUGUGGCAAUAGAUGCACAGGCAAGCAACAUUACUUCUAUAAAGCCAAAGCGAUCAUUUAUAGAAUCCAAUGUGUGAAAUACUCAAAACUACCAAUGAACUGAAUGAAUAAGAAAUUACUUUUUAACCUUGUAUUGUAACCUUAUGGUGGCAUUUCUAGCAACUGGUAUAAAGUAACAUCUGACUAUGCUGUGGUAUAUAGCAUCGCAUGCUGAUUUUAUAGUGAGCUUGAGUCCAGAUGGAUAUUGCACUGAGUAUUUCAUAUGGCAUUUAACACAAAAUCAAUGACCGCACUUUAUAAACGGCCUUCAAGUGCUUUGUUGUAAUCCAAAUGCUUUCCUAUAUAAGUCCAGUUAAACUAGAGACCUUGCACGGGUAUCCUCAGCCUUGUUAUACAGUAAAGGUACCGGCAGAUUGACUGUAAAAGUAGUUUGUCACAAAGAAGAAAGUGUUGAAAUUCCAGUGAGAUUAAGCACUAACCGGUAUUUUAGGUUCAUGAUUAGAGAUCAGGCUUCUUGAGCUUGGAGAAAUGUAAUUCCUUCACUUGCAAUAAGGUUUAUGUAAUCUUUUUUAAAGAAAUUUAACUAAUUAUCCAUAUUUGUAAUCAAGUAUUAUUUGCACACGGAUUAAAUCAGUUCAUUCAUUGGUGUUAAACUUCGUUCUCUCGUAAAUUUAUGUACAUUGUAGAAACGCCUCAAUAAAUGUAACGGUUUAGUUAGCAGCUUACUAUUUUUAUUUAUUUGAGUUUGCAGAAUGCUUGACUGUAAACAGGCCAACAUUUUCUCUAGUUAUUUUGCACAGCGACUGUAAUUGCCUUUAACUAAAAUGGAGCUUGGGGAGUUCAAUGCAUACAUAAAUUUUCAUUGAUGUAGACAUAACAUAGUUAGUAGCUUUGGUUUCUAUUUCAGUAUGUAUUUACUUGCAAUAAACUGUCAAUGUUUAAUGUUUUAUGUAUUUUGUACUGCCAUAUAGCAUGGAAAACAUGCCCAGAAAAUGUCUUAAAGGUUUAUGUAUCUGGUUCCAUCCUUCGUGUUUUUAGGUUUCUUUGUAGGAAAGUACUAAGAUCCAUUCUUAAUUAUAGAAAUUAUAGUUAACCUUUCUGUAAUGUAUAUGACACCUUAAUGUGUUGAAAUAAAGUGCAUUAAUCUG